AUUACAAUCUCCAGGCCUGGACAAGUUUGGAUCUGUUUGAUGAAUAUCUUGAAAUGGUUUUGCAGUACGGAUUUGUUACAUUGUUUGUAUCUGCGUUCCCCCUUGCUCCACUAUUUGCCUUAAUCAACAAUAUUUUAGAGAUUAGAUUGGAUGCCAACAAACUGCUGGUGCAAGUAAGACGACCUUUGGCUCAAAAAGCCCAGGAUAUUGGAGCCUGGAUUGGAAUUCUUAAAACUAUUUCCUACUUGUCAAUUAUUUGCAAUGCACUUGUGAUUGCUCUGACAAGUAGUUUUAUCCCUCGUAUGGUUUAUAUACACGGAGGCUACUCUCCAGAUGGAUCUCUGAAAGGAUUUACAGAGUUCCAGCUAACCGCGUUCAACACCUCAUUCUGGGACCUGGACCCUCUGGAUCCUUCCUGGCCUGGUCCACAACAAAUGAGAACCAGUCCUAAUGCCAACAAUUUUACUUGCUAUUUCUUGGCUAUGCGUAGUAAAGGACCAGAGUUUGAUCUUGACAACAAAUAUUAUUAUAUUGUUAUGGCAAAAUUUGCUUUUGUUCUAAUAUUUGAGGUAAUUAAUGAUUAAAGUAAAUAUUUAAUU